GGGCACAACGGCACUUCAGGCAGCGCUGAGGGAAGAAGCAUGUCACGGCUGUCCCUGACCCGGUCCCCGGUCUCUCCUCUGGCCUCCCAGGGGAUCCCUCUGCCGGCCCAGCUGACCAAGUCGAACGCCCCGGUGCACAUCGACGUCGGGGGACACAUGUACACCAGCAGCCUGGCGACCCUCACCAAGUACCCGGACUCGAGAAUCAGUCGCCUGUUCAACGGCACCGAGCCCAUCGUGUUGGACAGCUUGAAGCAGCACUACUUCAUAGAUCGGGACGGCGAGAUAUUCCGCUACAUUCUCAGCUUCCUCCGGACCAGCAAACUGCUGCUUCCAGACGACUUCAAGGACUUCCACCUGCUGUAUGAGGAGGCGCGCUACUACCAGCUGGUGCCCAUGAUCAAGGAGCUGGAGCGCUGGAAGCAGGACCGCGACCAGCGGCGGAUGGCGCAGCCCUGCGACUGCCUGGUGGUCCGCGUCACACCCGACCUGGGCGAGAGGAUCGCCUUGAGCGGCGAGAAGGUGCUCAUCGAGGAGAUCUUCCCGGAGACAGGAGACGUCAUGUGCAACUCGGUCAACGCCGGCUGGAACCAGGACCCAACGCACGUCAUCCGGUUCCCCCUCAACGGCUACUGCAGGCUCAACUCUGUCCAGGUCCUGGAGCGUCUUUUCCAGAAAGGCUUCAGCGUGGCGGCGUCUUGCGGAGGCGGCGUGGACUCUUCCCAGUUCAGCGAGUACGUGUUGUGUCGCGAGGACCGGCGGAGUCUCUGCCUCAACACGCCCAUCAGGAUAAAACAGGAACCGCUGGACUAG